CUCCCUGCGCGCGGCCCGGCGGCGGCGUGGGCGCAGGCGGUGCGGGGGGCGGCGCAUGCGCGGUCGCCGCCCGAGGGUGCUUCCGCGCAUGCGCGCGGCGCGGCGCUCCCUUUUUGCCCCUCGCUGAAGCCGCCAUGGCGCCCGUGAAGAAACCCACAGCGAAGGGUGGCAAAAAAAAGAAGCAGGUGCUGAAGUUCACGCUGGACUGCACGCACCCGGUGGAGGAUGGCAUCAUGGACGCCGCCAACUUUGAGCAGUUCUUGCAGGAGCGGAUCAAAGUGAACGGGAAGGCAGGAAACCUGGGCGGCGGCGUGGUGACCAUCGAGAGGAGCAAGAGCAAGAUCACUGUUACUUCAGAGGUGCCCUUCUCCAAGAGGUACCUGAAGUACCUGACCAAGAAGUAUCUGAAGAAAAACAACCUCCGCGACUGGCUGCGCGUGGUGGCCAACAGCAAGGAGAGCUACGAGCUGCGCUACUUCCAGAUCAACCAGGACGAGGAGGAGGAAGAGGAGGAGGACUAAGCGCACGCGGAGCCGGAGACGUUUUGUACAUUUUCCUGAAUAAAUUGUGGGAAAUAAUUGUUA